UGCUGCCAGUGUGAGUGGCUCGGUCAUACUCCGUGUAUGUCUGUAAUCAGAUCAGGUCGGGUUGAUCUGCGGAAACGCAGUAAAAACGUUUUUUCCCUGAGUGUAGAUUAAUUGCUUGCUCGCUUCUGUCUAGAAUGGUAUGCCUCGUGUUCUGAACAGUAAUAAUGGCUAUCGUAUGAAAUGUUUUUCACUCUCCACUUGUGCCCAUUGUUUAAGUCUGCCCGUGAAGCGAAACGUAAAUGACUGCUGCAAAUUGGUCGCAAUGGAUGAAUCAUAGAACGGCUUUCAGACUAUGUACGCAUAUAGCGGCUGUGCAUCAAGUCAUCAACUGGCAUAUGCAUGGCUGAAUUCACUGUGAAGUGGUGAACAAUCAUCGUGCCUAUCUGAAAAUAAGUAUACUUCUGCAAGAAAAUUUAUCGUUUAAAUGUUUGUACCGCCACACGGUAUACAGCGUUUCGUUCUUUGGCGGCACUGCCGAAUGUGUUGACAGAGGGAUGAAUCGUACGGGAUUUCUUGUAAUCAUACGAAGAUAGAGGAUAUCAAGAUUUCAUCGGGUUUUUGAUUUUAACCAAUAAUUUGACCAUUCCAUCGUAUUCCAUGGUUUAAAACUGGCGAGUCGUUUUCUUGGGAUCCCAGCAUCAUCCGUCAAUUGUCUGUGAUGACCAGUUUGAAAUUCAGUCGCGGUGGUGGAGCGCAGGAGGCCCCGUCGAAAGCGUUCCAUGUGGCUGUAAUUGGGACAUGUUCUAAUGAGCCUAUCGAAGAACAUAACCAUAAAGACCGUUCCAGCAAUGAGCUUUAUCGCUCACACGAUACCAUUCUAUCCGAAACUGGCUCAGGAAAAUCCUGCCUGUGUAAUCGUUUUAUUCGUCCUGCUGAAGAUGAUUAUCAGCCCACGGAACAUGUCAGUGUGCUGAGUGCGGCCGAUUUUUCUUCGCUUCCCAUUAGUAAUGACCACUUUCUGUACUGGGGUGACGCCAGGAGGACCUCGGAUGAUGGGCAUGACUGUGUGUUCACUGUGAUAGAGCAGACGGAAUUCAUCGAUGAUUCCACGUUCCAGCCUUUUCGCACCGGCAGAGGAGAGCGAGAUUAUAAACGGCGUGCGACCAAUCUUAAGCUGCAUUCACCUGGAAAAAUUCAGUAUUUUGGAAAAAGUCAGUUGGGUAUCGAGAACGAAUAUCCCAUGUUGCCGUUACCCGAUGGACGUUUCAACGUUGACGGGUUUAUUUGUUGCUUCGAUGUCAGUCUGGCAUCAAAAAAGCCUGUAAAUCGGCAAGUGGAGAAUGUUGUUCAUCUACUGAAUCAGAUUGUACGCCAGAAGAAAGCCGCCGUCCUCGCCGUGACAAAAACUGAUGACUGUGAUCCUCUACUCCUAAACGAGGCGAAUAAGCUUCUCCAUCGCAAAGAACUAAAAGGUUGUGUGCAUCUGGUGGAAACCUCAGCGUUGAAAAAUGUUAAUGUGGAUGCUGCCUUUAUGCUCUUGGCACAACUUAUCGACCGCAACUCUGGCCAUGCUCAGCUGAUACGUUAUCGUCUGCACAGCUACGAAGAUGCCGCAUCCAUGAGGAAAGAACGCAUGGAUACCGCAGCGAAAGCCUAUGAAGCUCUCGUUAAGUCCCAAGUUAAAGAGCGCCGCAUGACUUGGCUGGAAGCUCUGAGAAAAUUUGAAAACGAUCAAGAUUUCAAAUUUUAUUGCGAAUUGUGGGGUACCGACUCAGCCAAGCGUAUUUUCGACGGCUGCAUGCGCCAAUUACGUGAUCGCGAAGCCAAAAACCGGCUAAAUAUUUACAUUACACGGCUGGAGAGGAUUUUUCAUGAACUGCUGCCGUCAUUGUCCCUUGUCAGCAACGGAUGGCAGAGUUGUUUAGACUAUCUACAGUCGCUGCCGGUCUAUGAUUCCUAUUUUGUUGAUCUCGAUGGAGUUCGUGAAAAUGUUGCUUCCGGGGUUGUUGGAUUUCUUGAUGAUGAUAGAUUUUAUGAUAUGGAUGAUGCACGAGUGCCGUCGCGGAUACUCCGCACAACGGACGCUGAACGAUGUUUCAACGUGUAUGCCGACACUCUGAGACGGGAAGAGAGGCGGACGCGACUGCGCAGUCAGUUUAUGGCCUUAUUAAAUGAGACACCAUAUGCCUUACCUGGACGCCCCUUUCGCGAUACGCGCGUGUUUUUGACCAGUGAACCAGCGUUUACCGAGGAAAUCAGUGAAUUAAGUACACAAGAAAUGCAAGAAAUUUACGAGAGUCACCAGGAAAAAGUCAUUGAAGAUGCCAAGGAGAACUUUAUUGAGCUGUUAUUGGAGAAUAUCGCUUUGUUUGUCGGUAAACAAGAUAACCUUAAGCAGCGGAAGCGGAAUAAAAAAGAAUCAGAAAGCAAAGAAAGGGCGUCAAAAAUAGCCAAGCACGAAGAGGAUUUGAGUGAAAUCGAUCACGUCUUGCGCAGUGAUAAGCGGUAUCGGGCCAUGGAUUUAUUAGGAAUUAGAGGGAAGCUUAUGUCUUCCUUGAUGACCAGCUUAACUUCGCCGGCGUCGGAGACGUGUGAUGCACGAUAUGGUUGUUUUGAUAUUGCUGUGAGGACACAUCUUGCACGGCGUGUGAAAACGCCGGAAACCCUGCCGGCAUUUAUCCAGUUUCCCGUACUAAAACCGCACUCCACCGUCGUGAAAUUGCUGAUCCUUGGGAAAAACGAACUAGCCGACAGCUUUGCGAGCCUAAUACGGACUGCGUGCGGUGAUGGCGAACUACUCCUUGAUGGCUGCUUUUACUCUAUCGAUUUCCGAAUUAUCAAUGGUGAUUUGGGCGCCCUGCACAACGCUUUCCAGACGGCUGAUUUCCUCCCACAUGGGUGCCUUUGUGUGUAUGAUUCCAAAGAGACAUUCGAAUACAUAAGGGGCCACAUGGAGAAGGCUCUAGUGAAUGAACUGGGGCGGAAAGAUAAUGACCAGGAGAAUACCUACAUGAAUGGUUCAACCAGUAGCAUCAUGACACCCUGCAAUGGACUGUGCACGGUACUGGUUUUCCAACCCCAGGACAAUCUCAAGGAAACUGAAGUACAGCGGCUACGUGAGCGUGGUCAGGAUUUGGGGGCUAAACUGCAGUGCGCCUUUGUGGAAUUGGCACGGAACAGCAGUUGUGCACCCGUUCCGAUCAAUGCUGCGACUGCUCUCUUGAGUGGUGAACGGAAAGAAGAUGUGCUGAUGAGGCACUUGAAGAUUUUGAUUAGAGAUAUUCAAGUACGCUCCACUAUUGCUCGCAGCAUCAUGGAGGGAAUGCCUACUGUUGACCUCUUUGAUUGUGAUAUAAGAGUUCGCAUUUGUUUGCUGUGCGGGGACCAUUUAGGCGGAUUUGCUCACCAUAUUCUCAGUCCUUUAAUUUCCCACACGAUCUGUUACCGACAUUCCAAAAAUCCCCAGGGCUUUCAAAUUGAGACAUUUGUUUUUGAUGACUGUCGAUUGCGAAUCGAUGUUGACUGUAAAUCUUACCACGAAUCGUUACGCGCCGCUCAUCCGGGCAAUAUUGACGACGAUCCAUCACGAAAGUCCACUGAUGGUUAUGUAUUCGUUGUGGCUGUCAAACGGCGCGCAUCCUACUGCAUGAUGAGGUGUUUAAUGGACAUGCUUACCUUGCAAAACACGCUUCGACCUAGCAUGGUCAUUGCCACGCUGGACCAUGCCGAUAAUUACACACGGGACGAAGCCAAAGUCCUGGAUGAACUGAAAACCAUCUGUGAGGAACGUGACGUGAAUUUUGUGGUUACCACCAUUUCCGAUGGGUUGCCCAUCGGCACAUACAUGCCGCUCUUGCGCACCUGUUGGGAAGCCAAAGUAUCGGCGUCGUACGAUCGCGCGUCGACGGCCACCUUGAACAGCACGAUUCCCAGUUUGUCAGAUGAGGAGGCUGUACUGAUCAAGAGCCGGUCGCUGGAACGCGAGAAGCAGACGGCCAAGCCGAUCUCGGCGGUCUUUGCCAACCGUACGCCGCAGCAGCGCAGUAAUAUCGCCGCACUCAGCCUCGACGCACCAACCUUUACUACCUUUGGCUUUGAACGUGAGGCGGGACGGACAAGGGCCAAUAUGAUCACUUCAAAUGAUUUGUCAGCUCCAUUUUCAAGAUUAGCUACUGAUGACGCUCAAGCUGGGCGUUCGACUGGCAGCGUCGUAGACAUGCUGGCUUGUCCAAACGGUCAUUCGGGAGGUGAUCUAGCCGUAUCUGACAUGGCGACGGGACCUAAUCGGCUUUACUCCGCACACGAUGAUCUCCAGCGAUCGAGUCAACUUCGCGGUCAACGGCAAAAUGUAGCCACCGAUGCGCUACCCACUGGAAGUACUUAUGAUAUGACCCAAUCGGCCACAGAGACGUUAGUCUCUGAUACGGCGGCCAUUCCGGCCACCAGCUCGAAGGUGACGGAUGCUGUUACCCGGUGUUUCGUUACCCGGUCGUCGUCGGCACUGAGCGUAUCCAGUCCGAUCAUGGACGACGCCCGUCGAAUUCUGCAUCCACUGCGCAGAGGGUUUGCCGUCUGGCAAGCGAAAUCUAUUGAAGAAUCGCCGUAUGAACGGGAAAAAUCUCCCACUCAGCGUUUCGUUGGGCGAUUGGCAGCAGCCGGAAAAUAUGCGUCUUUCAUGGAUCAGCUGAACGCCAACAUUGCCCGUGGUAGCCAGCCGUCUCCGACGGCUCCGCUGGCCCUCCCGGAGUUGAUUGAAGAUCAUGAACAGGAUCCACCGAGUGAUGGCUGGGAAGAGGGAGCAGCCGCGUUACGCUCGCCGGGAAAUGAUCGACAGUUUUUGCUGGGGCUGAAGAAACGUGCUCGUGAUAUUAAACCGCCGGAGCGAACUCGACGAGUUGCUGGUCCGGUUGUGCUCCCUUCGCAACACCUUAGUAUUUCUCUGGAUGAUAGCGAAGCAGCUUAUCCUGAUCGCGCUUCGCUGCCGGAAUUAGCUGCUAACAAACUGCGAAAAGGCUUUGUCGGCGCUGUGUCGCCUCUUGACGAUAAUGUUUUCUUUGCGUCCAGUGAUGAAUCCAACUUAGCCACUACCGUGGACAACAGCCAUAACAUUAAAGAUGCGGUUAAGACGAAGCCCGCCAAACCAAAGCGCGAAAAGGAAAACAAGUCCGUCAAGAAAUCUAAAGAUAAGAAACAGAAAAAAGCAGAAGUUACAUUCGAAUCUCUGGCACCGUCCGCUGAUAAUCCAAUUCCACUUUUUAUUGAAAUGUGCAUUAAAUUCAUUGAAAACCGAGGUAUUGACACCGAAGGAAUUUACCGCGUGUCCGGCAGUCGUGUUCAUGCGGACCAGUUAUUACACAAGUUUUUGUCCCAUCCUGCCUCCGUCGAUUUAUAUGCCAUGGAUAUCCCCAUCUAUAAUGUCACCACAGCACUCAAGACCUAUCUGGUCGAACAGACGCCGCCUGUGAUACCACAGUCGUUUAUUGAUGAGCUGCGCGAUGCAAAUUUUAUGCGUGACAAAAACGACAGAAUCCAUCUGAUUAAAUCAGCUCUGGCUCGUCUGACUCCAACACACUUCCAGUUGUUGAAAUAUAUAUUUGCUCAUUUACGCCGAGUUUCCGAGAACAGUCGAAGGAAUAAAAUGGACGUGAACAAUCUGACCUUGUGUUUGUGGCCCACAUUGUGCCCGAUUGAAUUCCCCAACGAUCUGGCGCGCUUUGAGAGCGUUCGCAUGGAAGUAUCGGAAAUCCUGUCGACCAUGAUCAGUAGUUAUGACAAGAUUUUUGAGCCGAAUUACGUCGCACUGCCCUUGACCAACGGGUCGCAACCGGUCUCGCCGCCCCCACAAAUCGGUACCCUUGCUCACGAGGCCGCCGAAGCGGCUCGCCAACGGGUGAAUCGCGCUAGUUUCAAUGGAACCGGCGGAAACGGCGUCCCGCUGACAUCCCCACAACGUCCCAUUCCCCCGCCGUUCCCAGCGGCCUCCUCAUCGUCCAAUGCGUCGUCUUCCUCGUCCCUCGAUGCUGGCAAAACGCCAGCGGGGACGGCAUUGAUGCAAGCGCCGGUCGUAUCUAGUCUUAAGAGUGUUCAGGUUUAAUCUGUGUUUUUUUGAUUUUUGUUUUUAUACCAAGUGGGAGGUUCAGCAUUCGGGAUGUGAAAUAGGGUUGUUUUUAUAUGAUUUUAUUUUACGGGUGUUUUGCUGAGAAGAAAGGGCUUUUACAAUAUCAGUAUUGAUUUUCUGUUAGUUCCUUUUUUACAAGUAUUGCAUUGGUCAUCCGUAUCAAUAAAAUUAUAACCGUGUUGGAAAAACCGUGAAUGUUGUAGUUUCUGGAGAUCCUGGACCUAAUUGCCAUGUUCAGGGCAUA